AAUAUAAAAAAGGCACACUCCAUUUUCAGACCACCAUCUAACAUUUGGAGGUGUAGGUUCACCAUAUUCACCACACAAAAUGGAUUGUGCUGCAACAAAUACGGCGAGUAAAAUCCCAGAGGUGGUGCUGAGCUCCUCCUCCACCCGCAAGGCCAUGCCGGUGAUUGGCUUUGGCACGGCCACAGAUUCCAAAGACGGCGCCGGCCUCAUAUCGGCGGCCCUGGAGGCAAUCAAGGUCGGUUACAGGCACUUCGACACAGCUUCGUUAUAUGGGUCAGAGCAGGCUUUGGGAGAAGCUAUUGCCCAAGCUCUUACUGUCGGCCUCGUCACCUCCAGGGACGACCUUUUUGUUACUUCCAAGCUCUGGAGUAAUGAUGCUCAUCCUCAUCUUGUUCUUCCAGCUCUACAGAAAUCACUUCGGAAUCUUCAGUUGGAAUACAUAGACCUGUAUUUGAUCCACUUGCCAAUCAGUUCGAGGCCUGGAAAGGUCGAGGGAUGGUCUGUUGAUGAAGAGGACCUGAUGCCGAUGGAUUUCAAGUCUGUGUGGGCAGCCAUGGAGGAGUGCCAGAGGCUUGGCCUUGCCAAGUCCAUUGGAGUCAGCAACUUCUCUUGCAAGAAGCUUCAGAACUUGCUCUCCUCUGCCACUAUUCCUCCCUCAGUGAACCAAGUGGAGAUGAGCCCAGUUUGGCAACAGAAGAAACUAAUAGAAUUUUGCAAGGCAAAUGGAAUUGUUGUCACUGCUUUCUCUCCUUUGGGUGCAAAAGGGAGUAGUUGGGGCACCAAUCAUGUUAUGGAGAAUGAAGUACUCCAGGAGAUUGCAAAAGCUCGGGGAAAGACUGUUGCUCAGGUUUGUCUUAGAUGGAUUUAUGAGCAAGGGGGGACUCUUGUGGUGAAGAGCUACAACAAGGAGAGGUUGAAGGAGAACCUGCAGAUCUUUGACUGGGAACUAUCAGAGGAUGACUGUAACAAGAUCAGUCAAAUCAAGCAGCACCGGAUGAUGCUCAAGGAGGAACUUGUUUCGGCUCGUGGACCCUACAAGUCCGUUGAAGAGCUUUGGGAUGGAGAGCUUUAAGGCUUAAGGUUUAACCUUUCUUCAACGCUACUCAUGCCUACCUUCUUUACAAGAGAGUACUGAAUUUUGCUGGUUAGGAUAUGCAUGUAAAUAUGUAAUAAGGGUUUGUCUAAGUGCUUCAACUCUAGCUUCUGUGUGUACAAUAUUAUAGAGCUAUUUCUUUGCCCCCCUACUAAAAAAAAAAAGUCUUUCUUGGUCUUUUUUUAA